AUGAGCAGGCUGGCGUCGGAGCUCCACCGGUUGCGGCGGUCGCCAUGGGAGGUGCUGUGCUCCGCGCUGGUAUCAUGCGGCCUGGUUCUCUUCUCGCAGCUCGCCGUGGCCAUAGUGCCCCGCCUCCUCCCAUCCAUCUCCCUCCUCGCCAUGCUCCCUGUCGCAGGUUUGGUAUUCCUGGCGGCUAUUCUGGUGGGCAGGUUCUGGAGGAGGUUCAUCAGAGUGGCCGCGUCGGCCCCGCUAUUCGUGCUGUUCAACGUGCUAUUUUUGUGGGGCGUCUACCUAUUCGUCAUCCGGAGAGAUACCUCUUCUCUACUAGACAUGCUAAUUAAUGCUGAGUGUGCACUGCUUCUGUGGGGACUUUACAGGAUUCUUUCUGGUGAUCCUGGCAUUGUUGCAUACGAAUCUUCAUUUUUGGAAGAGGCUGGCUGCAAGGAUUUCGUGGAUGCUAUAUGCUCGAGUGAGAAGUACCCAUCACUCUCAAGGGUGAGGCAUUGUAACUGUUGCAAAGCAAAUGUUAGAGGUUAUGACCACCAUUGCCCUGCAUUUGGUAAUUGCAUAGGACAGAAAAAUCAUAGGCUAUUUAUGUCACUUUUGACAGGAUUUGUUGUUGCUGAAUCGACAUAUAUAAUGUGUUCAACUAAAUAUAUAACUAGAUGCAUAACCUCAGGAACUUUAAGAACUGAGAAUCAUUUAUCUCUAAACAUGGUGAUCGGCACAAUGCUCUUCUCAGUCCUCCAAGUGGUAUGGCAGGUUGUGUUCCUGAUAUGGCAUGUGUACGGCAUCUGCUUCAACAUCAGGACGGAUGAGUGGAUAAACUGGAAGAAAUAUCCUGAAUUCCAAAUGAAGGAACAGCCUCAGUCAGAUUUUGAAGUCAAGUUUGUCAACCCAUACGACAAAGGCAUGCUUUGUAACAUUAGGGAGUUCCUGAAGCCGAAAUAA